CAAAAUCCGCAGAUCAAAACAAACGCGCUUGAUAAAGCAUCGUCAAAUUUCUCUUGAUAAAAUUUAAAAAUUAUGUUCUAAAUUUUUAUUGUAUCGUAAUUAUUAACUAAUUGUUUGCAUUAAACAUGAGUGCUGAAAAGGUGUGCCGCCUGUGCAUGGGUCGUUCCAAUCUCAUUCACUGCGUGCUGGAAGAUAACCUUCUCCAGAAGAUUGCCAUCUGUGUUAGUGUAAUGAUCAAUCCCACGGACACGAUGUAUCCGCUGGAGCUAUGCGCGCUUUGUGCACUGAAGGUCAAGGACUUUUUCGAGUUUCGACAGAACUGUUUGAAGGUACAGCAACUCUUAGAACAGACUGUAUCGCCUCAACAACCCGAAGAGCCGCCACCACCGAUGGCACCAAUCAUGGAAGCUGUUAAGCAAGAGAAGGUGGAAAAGAUACUGUCAUUGGAUAAAGCUCCGGCGGUUCAAGAUCCACAAAUCACAAAAAAUGAAGCAAUGCUAGAUGAGGGCGAUGUCGUAGAAUGCUUGAAUGAGAUUCCGGACCCAGAAGAGGUGUCAAUCAUCGAAUCAGUUAUGGACCGAACUACUGAAGAAUUUGAGGAAAUUUCCGAUGAAGAAAAAGAUGGCUUGAUGGACGACGAUCUUGUGGAGCAGGAUGAAAUGCUUUUUGAAACCGAGUCUGUCGCAGAAGAUGAACGGGAAAAUGAAAGUGAUCUACAAACUACAGAUGACAGAAAUAUGGACUACCAUAUUGAGAUGGUUUAUGAGCAGAACCCAUUGGAAGUAGAUUUUGACGAACAUGAAGAAGCAGCUAGUGAAGUAGAAGAUAUCCAGGGGAACCAACACUAUCAACCUAACUUUACUAUUGAAUUUGCACAAGAUCUUCAAGAAGUUGACGAAACUUUACUAAAGGGCCUUACAAGUGGACUCAGCAGGUCAUACCCAUGCAGAGUUAAAACCCGAAGGAAAAAUAAUGGCCCAAGGCGUUCGAAGUCGUCGAAUCUAAGCGAAAAGGAAAUCUAUCAGUCCUUGUUGCAAAGUUGCGCAACCUGUGGAAAAUCCGUUGAACGUAAUCGCAUGGAGGGCCACCGAAAUCGCCACCUGGAUGUUCGUCCGUACACCUGCAAUGCGGACGGCUGCGGUAUGGCGUUUUAUUGUAAAAUUUCCCUAAGACUUCACACCAAGAACCGGCACAGCACGGAACAAUUGAGUUGCGAUCUCUGUGGAAAGCCCUACACCUCGAAGAAGGCUCUGUACCACCACCGGAAGGAAACGCACGCUGAAAAGCAUCAUGCGUGCGAAGAGUGCGGUUUGGUGUUUGUUUCCAACGCUCGUCUAAACCGUCACAAGGUGACCCACACGGAUCAGCGAGAGUACAAGUGUCCGCACUGCCCGAAGGAAUUCUACCGGAGCAACAACCUGAAGGUGCACAUCCGUAGCCACACGAAGGAGAAACCGUUCGGUUGCGAGCUGUGUGACAAAGCUUUCGGCUAUCAGCGCUUGCUGCGGGAACAUAUGAGCCGACAUCACUAGGAAUUGCAUUAUUGCAUUUUUUUAUGGUUUAAAGUAUUUUAAUGAUUAUUCUUCUGUGAAUAAAUCAUGGCAUAAAUUUUGA